CACCGUCUGAGGAGGUGCUGGCGGCGCGGGCAGCGGGACSGACCGGGCGUCGUAGCGGCGGCGACUGCGAGCCGAGCCCGGAGCAUGGCAGGGGCUGGAGCCGCUGCGGAGGCUGCUGCUGGUUUCCCCGCUUCGCCGCCUCCUCCCGCCCGCCGGGAACUUUUCCUAGCGGCCGGURGCGGUGCCUCCCCCCGGUGGUGGCAGCGGCGGCGGCGGCUGCUGCGUUCGGCGGUGUCUCCCGGGCCGGGGCUGGGGCUGCUGGGGCUGGUUUUCUCUCGUUUUUGCUGCAGUGCCUUAGCUGGACCAGUUGUUGAUCCACAUGUGACAGCAGUUUGGGGGAAGAAGGUUGCACUGAAAUGCAUAAUUGAUGUAAAUGAAACAAUAGCACAAGUUUCUUGGGAGAAGAUAUAUGGUAAAAAUUCACAAACUAUUGCUGUUCAUCAUCCUGAAUAUGGAAUAUCUAUUCAAGAAGAAUACCAAGGAAGAGUGGCAUUUAAAAAUUACUCACUUACUGAUGCAACAAUCAUCUUAAAAAAUGUAAGCUUUUCUGAUGCAGGAGAAUAUAUUUGCAAGGCAGUUACAUUCCCACUUGGAAAUGCACAAUCGUCAACAACUCUAACAGUACUAGUUGAACCUGUUGUGAGCUUAACAAAAGGACCAAACCCUCUAAUAGAUGGUGCAAAUAGAACAGUAGCAGCCACUUGUACAGCAGCCAUUGGAAAACCUGCUGCACAGAUUGACUGGGAAGGAGGCCUUGGUGAAACAGAAUCCACCUCUACUUUGUUUCCAAAUGAAACGGUGACAGUUGUAAGCCAGUAUGUGAUUGUCCCUACACGAUUUGCAAGAGGAAGACACAUAACUUGUGUUGUGAGGCACCCUGCCUUUGAAAAGGAAAUACGAUACCCUUAUGUGUUGGACAUCCAGUAUGCCCCAGAAGUUUCAGUAACUGGCUAUGAUGGAAACUGGUUCAUUGGAAGAGGGAAUGUUCAGCUCAAAUGUAAUGCUGAUGCAAAUCCAUUACCUAUGGAAUUUACGUGGACCAGGUUGGAUGGACAAUGGCCUGAAGGAUUGCUGUCUGUUAACAAUACUCUGCAGUUCAGCAGCCCUUUGACUUAUAACUACACUGGGACUUACAUCUGUAAGGUGACUAAUGCCCUUGGUCAGAGAAGUGAUCAGAAGACUAUCUACAUAUUAGAUGUGCCCUUUAAGCAGACAUCUUCUGUUGCUGUAGCAGGGGCUGUGAUUGGAGCAGUCCUUGCUCUUUUUAUCAUUACCAUCUUUGUGACAGUGCUGCUGACCCCAAGAAAGAAAAGGCCAGCCUAUCUUGACAAAGUGAUUGAUCUUCCACCCACUCACAAACCAGCUUCAUUUGAGGAGAGAACAUUGUCAGUACCACAGAAAGAAGCUAUGCUUCAGAAAGAACAUUUUGCUUUGCAGAGCCAGUACAGAGAGAAAGAUGCUGGAAACUUGCAGCACAUGAAAGCUGUGAAUGGAAGGCAAUUUACUUGUGAGGCUGAAGAGCCACARGAACAAGAAGGUCUUCAGCCUAUGUAUCCUGUUUAUCAGCAAAAUUACUACAAAAAUUGGAGCAACAGAUACCCACAAAACUCAGGACCUGGAAGAGUCUACAUCAAUCCAAGGGAGCAUUAUGUAUGAUUCCAUACCCAGAUCUCUUUAACAAGGGUUUUAUUACCUSUUGAUUGUAUGACCCUCAUGUCUUGUUGGCUUUCAUCUCUAAAAUAAUUGGGUUUCUUUUUUUUCCUGUGGGAAGAAAUUGUGUGGAGAACAUUAUGUAGGUGAACCAUACAGAAUUUGAGACUUAACUUGCCUCUAG